AUGGAGUUCGUCGCUGACUCGAUAGAUAGCAAGUGUCAGAGAGGUUCACUGAACUCAGAUAUGCAGACGGAAACAGCAAAGAGGAGGAGACAACCUGACCGAAGCGAGAGCGGGGAGAGGAGAGCAGAGCCGCGGGAUAUCGAAGAGAGACCCGCGGGCAGCAGAGCCCGGAGCUCCGGGGAGGACAAGGUGUGUCGGCUGCAGGCAGAGCUGACCCGGCUCCGGUGUUCGGUGGAGCGCGGCGAGGCUCAGAGGGUGGAGCUUCAGUACCAACUGACUCUGAGCCGCAGAGAUGCCGAGCGAAUCUCCGAGCUCAGCAGAGACAAACAGGCGCUCACAGAGCGAGCGGCGCAGCUCCAGCAGGCGGUCGAGGAGCUGCAGAAAGCUCUGGACAUCACGCGGCAGGCCAGCGAAGGAGAACGGCACGCUUCGCAGCGUGAGGUGGAGGAGCGAGAUCGACUGAUUCAGAGUUUCAGCUCUGAAAACCAGAGACUGCACCAACUGCUGAAGGAUCAGGAGGUUGCUCUGGAGGAGUCAGAGACGAGGCUGGCCAAGGUGCAGACGGAGCGAGAGAAGGAGGCCGAGGUGAAAAGACGACGUGCCGACGAGCUAAAGCAGCUGAUGGAGAGAGAGGAGAGGAGCCGCAGGGAGAAGGAGGUGAGGCCAGACCCUGUUCCUGUUUUUAACAUUGGUGGGAAACGGGAGGAAGAACAGAUGUGUGUCUUCUCUCUCCAGCUGCUGGAGCAGAGGGUGAAGUCUCUUCAGUCGAACAUCGAGGCAGAGCGAGGUGCUCACCUGGAGACAAAGUUCAACUCUGAGAUCGUCCAGCUGCGGGUGCGGGACCUGGAGGCGGCGGUGGCGGUGGAGCGGUCCGGCCAGCAGGAGGCACAGAGCAGCCUGGAGCUGCUGAGAGCUCAGUUCAGAGAGGUGGAGAACGCUUACAGCCGGGAGAGAGAGAGGAGCAGCAGCACUGAGCGCGCUCUGGAGCGGUUGCAGUUAGAGUACGAGCAGUUACGACAGCAUGCAAACACACACUCACUGCUGGAGCAGGCCGUUCAGAGGCAGUGCGACACAGAGGAGGCGUUUGUGACCUGUGUGAAACAGAUCAGAGGCACUCUGCAACAGCACACCAGCGAACCAUCAGCGCAACCUGCAGAGGAUGAUGGGAAACAGAGUCUUCCUGCUGAAGUCCUGCAGCUGCUGAGGACCACGCUCAGCUCAUACCAGCAGAGGCUGUUAGACGCUGACAGACAGCUCCAGGAUCUGCUGCUGGUGUCAGAGAAGCUGCAGGACGAGAACCAGACUCUUCAGCAGCUGACCUCAGAUCAGAGGAGUCAGAUUGAUGAGUCUCAGCAGGAGACGCUGAAACUGAAGGAGGAGGUGUCUCGCUUACGCCAGGAGAGCUCUGAUUGGUCGACACAGAGUCAAAGCCAGGAGGCCGAGCUGCAGAGAGAGAGGGAGGAGAGGAAGAGAGAACUAGAGAAGGAGAGGGAGGAGAGGACAGCAGACGUCCAGGAGAUAACUGAACACUACAAGAAAGAGUCGACGGCCCAUCUGUCCUUCCUCUACUGCCUCUACCAGCGCCUGCUGGCUGGCUGUGUCCUCCUCCAUCAAUCUCAGAGCAUUCUGGGUAACUUCACCUGGAAGGAGCUGUGUGAUGUCAUCAGCGAGCAGGUGGACCAGCUGACCUCUGACCUCAAGAAAGCCAACAACAAGAUCGCCCACUUGCAGAGCGUGUGCGACAAGAAGAGUGUGUGUGUGCGCGAGCUGCAGCGGAAUCAGGAGUGUGUGUUGUCCCGUCUGGAGGAGAGCGUGAGGAGGAGGGAGGAGGAGUGGAGCAGACAGCACACGCACACUGUGAGGGGGCUGCAGAGCGAGCUGCAGCUCUGCCGCUCUCAGUGCGACGCUCUCCGUGAUCGCACCUCCUCUCUGGAGCAACGCUGUUCCUCGCUGACCUCUGACCUCUCCCAGCUCAGAGGCCUCCUCUCUCGAAGCCGCAAGGAGUCCUCGUCCUUCUUCUUAGCCUGCGCCCUGCUGGGUGGAGCGCUGAGGCACGCUCACCACCGUCUGUGUGGGCUUUCUGAGCAGAAGAAAUUCCUGUGCCGGCAGCUGGCAGAGCGGAAGCAGCUGGAGGUGGAGGUGAGGAGGCUGGUUGAUGCUCUGGAAGGAGAGAAAGACCAAGAGAAGGAGGAAGAGAAGAAGAGAGAGAGGACGAGGAGGGCAACGAAGAGGUGGAGGAGGACUGUGUGCGCUGUGCUGGCAGUGAGGAGGUGGUGUUCGCUGGCCAGGAACACGACAGUGUUGCUUCGUCUGGAGAGAGGAGGCGGAGCUCCAGCUGUCUGCGUCUGUGGAGGGGCGGAUACGGCGACACAGAAGGCUCGAGACACACCAGACAAAAAGCUGACUGACGGACGUGAAGGUCUUUGUGCUCGUUUGUUUGGAUCUAAACGUCUCUCAUCCACCAUCCUGACCUCCAUGUCUGACCUGCAGGAGGCUCUGGGAGACUCUGAUUCGUCCCCUCCACUCUUGCUCUCAGUGGCUUGCGCAGGCUUGUCCCGCCUCCUUGAUCUCCUCCUCGACCAAUCAGAGUCCAGCCUAUCAUCCUGUGGCGUGAAGAAGGAGACACUGAGCAGCCGAAUGAGGCUCGGUGUGAGUAGCCUGACGUCUUUGCAGUCUGACACAAAGAGUUUGGUGUCGGUCCUCCAGCAGCAUUUCCUGGUCUUCAGCCAGCGGCUGCAUUCGGCAGAGGUGGAGAGGCGGAGCCUGCGGCUGGAGGUGGCCAAUCUGAGGAAAGGACUCCGGAAGGAGACGAGCAGAAUGGUGCCAGACGAGCGUUUCCAGAGUGUGUGCGUGGAGCUCCGUCAGGCUCUGAGCAGAGAGCAGGAGGCUCAGAUGCUGAUCCAGGAGCAGUCCAACCAGCUGCACACGCUGCAGCAGCGAGUCGACGAAAAUGCUGCCGAGCAAGCUGAAACACAGCGCACACUGAGACAGACCACACAGGUGCUGUCAGAGGCUCGGCAGGAGGUGAAUCGGAAAGAGCGCUCACUGAGGAUUCUAGGUAAGCACCUAUCAGGGAUUCAGAAGGGGAAGAAGCAGGUGGAGGAGAGGCUGCAGCGAGCUGAGGAAGAGCUGAGCGAUGCCAGCAGACGUCGGGACCGUGUGGUCAGCUGCAUGAAGGCUGCAGAGGCGAGUUGCAAGCAGUUCAGGGACAGUCUCGUCCAAUCGCAACACUCUCUGAAGGCCAAGCCCCGCCCCUUGCUGUUACCUCACGAGAACCUAGAGUUGAGUGGAGCAGAGAGCAUCAUGGGAGCUCCUGAGGCGACAGCGUGCCAGAGUUUUCUCUCUGCCGUCUCUCAGCUCUGCCACACCUGCAGCUCCAGGAUUGAUUGGCUUGAGCAGGAAGUCUCUGCCCACCGCAGUCAUGUGACAGCACUGCGUAGCGAGCUGCAGGAUGCCUGUCUCCGUGACAACUUGGCCUUUGUUCCUGUGUCUGAUUUCACAGAAACCUUUCCUGUCGCUGACUUGGAAAUACCUCAAGCUGUUCCCCUCUGUGAUUUGUCAAAGAACCCAAUGAUCACUGUAAACCACUCCCCCUCUAAGGUAAACCCCACCCCUCCAUCAAAAGCAAGUUCCUCCCCUACUUCUUGCAAAGUCACCGUGGGUCAAACGAAGUUGAAGAAAGCCACAAAAAAAACCAGAGGCCACGUGAAGAGCGGAGGGCGGAAAUGAUCACAUAUAUAAUGAUACAAACCACAGAAGAAGAAACACUUUUUUGAAGUUGUGGAGGCAUUCUGAUUUUAGAAACUUCUCCUUCAAAUAACCAAAACUUUAUUCAUCUGCAGUAGCGGGCAAACAUGCUCUCUCCACAGCUGUCUGGUGACAGACGCCUGAAGGCCAGAUGGUCGAGCGUUACGACAGCGACUCGGUGACGGAUCAGCAGCUGCCACCAGAGCUGCUGUCACUCAGACGCUACUGCUCGUGUGCUGUGGCCGAGUGCGUUCUCAAACGAUUCAUGUGAAAGAAAACAUCACAGAGAAAGAGUGAAAAUUCUUCUUUAGUGUGUUCAGUCGGUUUUACUCAGUUACCUCACUGCAGAUUUUCUGUUCGUGUUACUUUUUCGCUCUCGUGUGAGCUGAAAUUUUGUUUGUUUGCACACAGAACUCACGAGCAGAUACAUGUCCAGCUAAAGCAGAAAAGCUAAAGAAAUAUAAAUGUAUGUUUUUUGUUUAUUGUAUUUGUUUUUACUUAUUUAUUGUCAAAUUUUCACUGUUAGGAAUUAAAAAUGAAAAAAAGACAACACUAAGGAGUGAUUUUACUAAUCUGUAAGUAACUGAACACAGCAAAUAAUUUUUAAAGGAGCAAAAUGAUCACAAACAAAAAAAUAACCCCAAAUAAUCUCUAAGGACACAGGACAUCAUCACAGACACAAAAUGAGUCCUUAAGAGGAAAAAGUAGAAAACAAAUGACUUAAAGGAAAAUUAAAAUUAUCCAAUUAAAUAAAUAAACUAAGCAAAAAAUAAUAAUCUCAGGAACACUGAAUGACCACUAAGUUUAAACAUACAUGACCUCAGAGAGAAACAAAUUCCUCCAAACAAAAUAUUGCAGAAAUAAAAAACAUUAAAGAUCAAAAAAACAAAAGUUUUCCAGCAGGAAAAGCAAUCAAGACAAACAUUUCAUAACUACUGCAUCAGCACAAUAACUGUGUGUGUGAAGCCUCAGGCUGUGUGUGCUUCUUUUUUUUAUUUGGCAUUACCAUGAGACGGCCAAAGAAAUGUCCUCGGGCUCUGAGUGUGUGACGUCUUUACAAAGCGACUUAAGCUGCUGACACAGAGAGAGCCGCGCUGAUUCAGCUGAACGCGACUCUCCUCUUUCCUCUGGAGGGGUUCGUCGUUUUUUUUUCUCUGUCUCUGAGGAGUCCCUUUGAGCUCCCCCUCCUGUCUUACACUCUUCCUUUCAUACUUAUAUCCAACUUUUAUUCUCUGCUUUUUACUGUUGUCUUGAGUUCUUCUUUGCACUCAAAGAGAAACAAAAUGAACUCAAAGAGAAAAGAAAAAAUACACAUAAGUGCCACUCAGUCCUAAUGAAACUUCAGCUCUUAUCAAUACAAAGACCGUUUUCAGUGGGCGUAACAUGACCUGCUGACCUGCUCUCACCUUUUCAGUUAUGAGUCCUGGUGGCCAGUCCUUCCCAGCUUACUUUUUUUAGAGUAUUUAUUUGUCACAGAUUACACAGUUUUAGUUUUAUUUA